AUGACACUUCAAUUAGCCACCAAGAGUGCUUCACCACUCAAAAAUGCAUUGGAGCUCUCAUCCAAGAGGGAGAUCUUACUGCCAGAUGUUCCUGAACACAUACUCCACACAGUUGGGAGCUGCAUUCUUAUUAUUGGCUCAGUUGGUGUGGUUGGAAACCUUCUUGUUCUCUAUGCAUUCUAUAGUAACAAGAAGUUAAGAACAGCUGCAAACUACUUCAUAAUGAAUUUAGCAGUGAGUGACUUGCUCAUGUCAUCCACCCAAGCACCUAUAUGUUUUCUGAACAGCUUCAACCGCCAAUGGAUUCUUGGAGAAAUAGCUUGUAACAUCUAUGCAUUCUGCGGAGCUCUGUUUGGAAUAACAUCUAUGAUGACUUUACUGGCUAUUGCUGUUGACCGAUAUCUGGUGAUCACCAAACCCCUACAAUCCAUACAAUGGUCAUCCAAGAAACGAACACUACAAGUCAUUGUUCUAGUCUGGCUGUAUUCUUUAAUGUGGAGCAUGGCACCAAUACUUGGCUGGAGUUCCUAUGUACCUGAGGGUUUAAUGAUAUCAUGCACAUGGGAUUAUAUAACAGCAACACCAGCAAAUAAAAGUUACACUAUGAUGCUAUGCUGCUUUGUGUUCUUUAUCCCGCUGCUUGUGAUUUCACACUGUUAUCUACUAAUGUUUCUGGCAAUUCGAAGUACAAGCAGAAACGUUCAGAAACUUGGAUCAUGUGAACGCCAAUCCUAUAUGCCAUCAGCUAUAAAAAAUGAAUGGAAAAUGGCAAAAAUUGCUUUUGUUAUCAUCACUGUCUAUGUUUUGUCUUGGUCACCCUAUGCUUGUGUUACACUAAUUGCAUGGGCUGGCCAUGGGAAAUCUUUAAACACAUAUUCCAAGACUGUUCCUGCAGUUAUUGCUAAAGCCUCUGCAAUUUAUAAUCCUAUUAUUUAUGGAAUAAUUCAUCCAAAGUAUAGGGAAACUAUCCACAAGAGCGUACCUUGUCUUCGUUUCCUCAUCAGACUACCAAAGAAAGACAGUUUGACAGCAUCCAAUUUUGAAUCUUCGUUCAGAGCUUCUGUCUACAGUCGACAGUCAACAGUAUUGAGGAAAAAAAACAGCUGCAUUUCCACAGUUUCCACAGCAGAAACAAUACUCAGUGACAUAGAACAAGAAGCAAUUUACAAAAAUGCAUGCUUUCAAAGAAGCAAUUCUUUUUCACUGAACCAAAAACGGGAACAGAAGGGAGAGAUUCUACUGAAGGCUUGGAGCUGUAAUGCUUUACCAGAGGGGAAGGUUUUGCCUGCAUUACGCUCAUUGGAGAACCCAUCAAGAAAAUCUGAGAAAGGAAAUGCAAAGGAAUUUCUUCUAUCAAAUUCACUGAAUGCAGUUACCUAUCCCAUUGGUUUAGAAUCAAUUGUCAAGAAUCAUAUGACAAACAACCAAAAAGUAAAUGGACUUGAUGUUAAUGGAGGAUUGGAUUGGAUCAUUCAUGCCACAAUUCCACGUAUUGUCAUAAUUCCCACAUCAGAAAGCAGUAUUUCUGAGGGGCCAGAUCAACCAUCAGAAAAUGAAAUAGAUGAGAAGUAUGAAAAAGAUUUAGAUGACGAUGACUUCUUCAACUUUAAUAUUGACACUACUUUAUUGGACUUUGAAGGACUUUCUUCUAAUGCAGACCUUUAUGAAGUUGUUGAGAAGUUUUUGUCUUAGUGAACAUGCUAUUUUCAACUGCCAUAAAUAGUUCAUAUGCAAUAGCAAAAGCACAGUGUUAUUUAUUAUAAAAUGAUUGAAAAGAAUAUACCAAGAUAAGAAUUGGAGAAAGAAACGUCCUGACACGUUAAAAAGGCUAAUGAUAGCCCAAGUCCUUAUAAUUAGGUCCCAUAGGACUUAAAUGUUUACUGUGUAAAAGUACCACUAAGGGAUAAAGCUACAUUAACAAUAUUGGCAGAGCUGUGCUUUUGACACCGUCACUGCUUGUUUUUAAGCCUUCCAUCCGAUAACAGUAGGGAAAGCUCCAAUGAAAGUGUAAAGAGCUCCAACAUUUCUAACUGGAGAGAGAGAGUACUGAUGACAAUGUUGAAAAUAUUCCAUCCACGAAAAAAAACAUUGUAGCAACAAAUUUAUUUUUGCAUAGAUGCCAUUUCACUUCUGGUUUUGUACUCUAGAGAAUGAAGAUGAUACAGACAUUAUUUGAUACACCUGUAAGUUUAGCUUUUGCUUGGACACACAAUGAUAGAUGUAUUCUAAAGAGCAUUUAUAACACUUUAUUUAUAACAUUUGGGAUGCUAUUUUAUAAAACUUAAAUAAGACCAGUUGCGUAUUUCAACAAAGCCAGUCUAAUAUGUUUAAAGCAGUCACCAAUAGAUGCCUGUACAUACCUUUAUUUGUCCUCCUGAACCUAGUGCACUUACUAUGCAAAUAAUUGGCUUUCAGUUCUGAAGCUGGAGCUGGAGUCACAUUUUCCAUAUUAACCACCCUGGGUUACAGAUUUUUUUUUGAGGCACUCUGAAGUACAAAAAAGGUAUGGAUGGGUGUCCUGCUUACUAUUCUACGUAUAUUAGAUUUAAUAUGAUAUGAUGUCUGCAACAACGGGCAAUUAAAGGGUAUUUGUCAUUUUUGUACCUGCCUAACUAUAAAGCCCUUAUGAAGUAGCAGUUCUCCAACCUUUGGUCUCAGAUUCUGGGCUUUAAAGCAUUAGUUAAGACCAACUGGGGAAAAUGUACACAAACUGAAGCAUUCGGAAUCUGGUGCAGCUGUGCAUGGUAACCAAUCAGCUUCUAAUCUCAGCUUUUUAAAUUAAGCUUUGGUAG